CUCUCGCUCGGUAUGCGUGCGCUCACUCGGAGCUGCGCGUGGAAAUGAAAGACGCUGCAGGUUUUGGAGCUAUCGCACACGAGCUGGACUUUCACUCGUCUUCUUUUUCCUCUUCGUCGAUCUUCUUUAGGGGAUCAUGCCUCCCCCUCCUGUCGCCAUAUUCCGUCUUCUUAUCCUCCUCAGUGCGCUUUUCCCACAGAUGAGUGACGGACAGGGGCCACAGCGGAUUUGAACCUGCGACUUUUUUGUUGUUGUGGAACAUCCCCUGCCCUCUGUUUUUGUGGAUUGCCGUCGAGCGGAGUGGACAUGCUGCCGCUGCUUGUGCUGUUUAUGACUGUGGCUGUGUGGUCAGGUGCAGGUGGCCCGUCGGGCGUGGCGCCCCGCUGCGAGAGUCGCGCCUGCAACCCUCGCAUGGGAAACCUGGCGCUGGGCCGCCGCGUGCUGACGCAGAGCGCCUGCGGCAAUAACGGCACCGAGCCCUACUGCGCCUACGCCGAGCCGGGCCCGGCGUGCGGCGCCGCCAAGUGCGGCAAGUGCAACGCCGCGCUGCCGCACCUGUCCCACUUGGCCGGCGCCAUGUCCGACUCGUCCUUUCGCCACCCCGACACCUGGUGGCAGUCGGCCGAGGGCGCCGAGUCGGAAACGGUGCAGCUGGACCUGGAGGCCGAGUUCUACUUCACGCACCUGAUCGUCGUCUUCCGCUCGCCGCGGCCCGCCGCCAUGACGCUGGAGCGCUCGCAAGACUUCGGGCGCACGUGGCAGACGCUGCAGUACUACGCCCGCAACUGCAGCGCCGCCUUCGGGCUCUCGGAGGGCAAGGCGGUCGGAGCGAGGCGGGACGGCGCCGCUUGCACUUCCAAGUACUCCGGGGCGUACCCGUGCACCAGAGGGGAGGUGAUCUACCGCACCCUCCCCAAGUGGGAGUCUUUGGACCCCUUCGGCCUGGAGGGCCAGCAGCAGCUGCGGGUCACCAACGUGCGCAUUCGGCUGCUCCGGCGCCAGCCGUGCCCCUGCCGGGCUAAAGACGGCGCCGCCUCGCCGCCCGCGCGCCACUUCGCCAUCUACGACCUGAUCGUGAAGGGCAGCUGCUUCUGCAACGGCCACGCCGAGCAGUGCGUGCCCGCGCCGGGGUACCGCCCCGUACGCGACCGCACCAACCACGUGGUCCACGGGAAGUGCGUGUGCCGACACAACACGGCCGGGGAGCACUGCGAGCGAUGCGCCGCUCUCUACAACGACCGGCCGUGGCAGCCCGCCGACGGCCUGACGGGGGCGCCGCACGAGUGUCGCAAAUGCAAGUGUAACGGGCACGCUCACAGCUGCCAUUUCGAUUGGGCGGCGUGGCGCGACUCUGGGCAGCGCAGCGGCGGCGUGUGCGACUGUCUGCACAACACCGAGGGGCGCCAGUGUCAGAACUGCAAGGCCGGCUUCUACCGGGACCCCCGCUGGCCGCGCACGGCGCCCGAGUCUUGCAAGGCCUGCGACUGUCACCCGGUUGGCUCCAUGGCGGCGCACGGCAGCGACGCGCUCUGCGACCCGGCCAACGGCGACUGCGUUUGCAAGCCGGGCGUGGGCGGGGCACGCUGCCACCGAUGCAUGGUGGGAUACUGGGGCUUCCACGAGUACGGGUGCCGGCCGUGCGACUGCGCCGGAGACUGCGACCCCUUCACGGGCGACUGCGCGGUCGGGUCGGACUUGUACGACUUGGAGGGAAAUUCCAGCGAACCCGUCCGAAUCUUCAGAGUGGACGAGCUCCUCUCCGCUCUUCAUUACUCAGAGAAGUGCGAGUGCAAAGAGCGGCCGCUGACCAACAGUAAACUGUUCUGCACCAUGAAUUACGCGUACGUGUUGAAGGUGAAAGUGCUGUCAGCCCACGACAAGGGCUCGCACGCCGAGGUGGAGGUGAAGGUCCAGAAAGUGCUGAGUCAGAAGGUCAAACUGCAGCGGGGGCGCGUCACCCUGUACCCCGAGUCGUGGACGGCCAGGGGGUGCACGUGCCCCAUCCUCAACCCGGGUGCCGAGUACCUGGUGGCGGGCCACGCCGACAGGAGGCGGGGCCACCUGCUGGUCAACAUGAAGAGCUUCGUCAAGCCUUGGACGUCCAGCCUGGGCCGCAAAGUGCUGGCGCUGCUCAAGAAGGACUGCAAUUGGUAAACCCCGGUGACCCCGCCCACGCCCGGAUUAUCCGACCGGGACGAUCGUUUUGUCGGGGCGGGGUCGUUGCCUGGAUUGACCGAGGAAAUAAAUCUCUGUGCACUUUAACCUGCGGCCGCGUGGACCGGAACAAAAUACGGACACGUAAAGACAGUGAAAGAAGCCAUAAGAGUGCGGAAGCGGCGAGCCGUCCGUCGCCCCCGAACGUGAAUGUAUUUGCCCCAGCGAGCGCCAGAAGAGGGGGUCGAACUCAUUGAUUGGAUAUCAAUAUAAAUAUUGUCAAGUUUUUCAGCUUUACGCUAGCUCGUCCGGUUUUUGUAUAGCAUCCCAUCACGUCGCCCGUCCCGAGGCCUUUUUUUCCCCCUCCCUUCCCCAAUGCAGCGAUAAUACAAUUAUCAAUGCACGGUGACUUUUUCUCAUGUAUUUUCUUGACCGAUUCCACUCAAGUACAUUCUUUUCGCGCCUCCUUAAUCUUGUUUUGAGCAGUCGCCGCGCAGGCCUUGACAUUCCUCGCGGGGAUUUGUCAAAAAUAUCCUUAUCGCGCACGCUUUUCCCCACCGGCUCGAUUCGCCUUCGCACGGCGCCGCGGAAUGUUGACCGCCGGCGACGGCCGGGAGGCGCCGACGCAUUCUUGGCUCGGACCGGGGUGGGGUGGGGGGGUCGUCUGUCUGACGGUCGGAGGUGAGCCGAUUUCGGGGUGGGGGGUCGCGAUGUUCGUCAGGUUUGAUCGCAAAAUUUUUGUCAAUAUUUAAAGUGCCAUUUUUGGUAUUUUAGCAAGUCGAUGUGCACGAUUUGCUUUUGCGGGCCAUAUGCGGAGGGACGGAACUGGCCCCCGGCCCCUCAAGUUUGACACCUGGCGGUAUGUUGGAAAAUAUCGCAGUCAAAUAUUUAUGAUUCAUUUUUAUAAAUGGCCAUCGAUGGCGCCCAAUGAGUUCAUUGCGUUUUGUUGAGGGAGGUCGUACCCCUGGUGGCGCCAAGACACAACAACCCCACCGAGCCAAGGACAUUCAUUCUCUGUCUUUUCCCUUCCACGGGAGUCGCCGACCCGCGGCCGCGUGGGAAACUGUCGGCCGGCUGGCCGCGGAGCGAUCCGGCCGCCGCUUUGGCCGUGCCCGUGCGCGGCCGGUGUUAUUGUGACGCGGCCGGCGCGCAUGUGUGCGUGCCCGCCGGCGCACAAUGGCCCGCUUGUGCUGCCGCAGAAGCCAGUUAUGGCCUUUUGUCCCGUCAGCAUUCUUGCGCCGCCACUGGCCCCGACGCAGCUCCCCGCAGACAUGCGGGGACAAUGCGCCUCCCCCUGUAAUGCCCUCUCCUCCAAAACGGGCCAAGGAAAAAAGUUGACAUUUUGCAAGGAUACAGUUCAGAGGGUGGGGGGGACUAGUUUUUUUCUUGGACCCCCAAAUUUUAGGGAAUCAUCUUGGAUUUUUUUUUUGUGGGGAAAGUAAUACUCUGACAAGAGCUAAGUCACAUUUGAACACAAUAAAACCGUAUGAAUUUUAAAUCAAAAAUUGUCGUCGAGCCGAGAAUUUGCAAAUUUUAGGAAAAUAAAGGUUGUUUUUUUGUUUGAAUUUGUUAAAAUUUGGGAAAAAUACAACUUUUUUCGAGCACAAAAAUAGAAUUCACGCACCAACCUCAACUAUUUCUCCUUGGACGCGGCUAAGCCGGCGGUCAUGUGCUGGGAAUUAUCCCGUCAGAUGGGAUUCGCUGAAGAUUGAGGCGAUGGGGAGAACACCUCGGAGCCUAAAAAUAUCCUCUUCGGCCCCCUGUCCUCCUCUCCCGCUACGCGGCAGCGCUACUUAAUUACCACCGAACACACGCUCGCAUGCAUGCACGCACACGCGCGCAUAAGGAAUGCUUGAGAGCAAGCCGUAACAGGGAGUGUUGACAUCGCCGAUUAUUAUUACUCAAGGCCUGAUGUCAUCUAAAAAUAAGAGGAGUUGUGGAAAUUUCAGGUGAUGAGAACUCCAAGAACGAAGAGCCUUCAAAUGGAUCCUUGGCUUGACGAUCCAUUUCAAGCAGUGGUCUCCAAACUAUUCCACAUAAGGACGCAGGAUUUCAUUCCAACAAAACAAGACGACACCUUUGCACCAAUCCGGUGUCUUACAAGUGUAAUCAGAUGAUUGCAGUCAGGUGCUGCUUGUUUUAGUAGAAACUGUCGGUACUUGAUCGGUUGGAACAAAAACCAGGACCCACAGCCGCCCUUGAGGACCGGUUUGGAGACCCCCGAUUUGAAAGGUCCGGGCCAGUUCAUUCAUUCGCCGCCGGCCCUCAGACUUCAAAUGAAUUGGACGGCUAUUAUCAUCAGUGACCAUGUAAGGGUCAAUUUUCAUUUUGGUCGCUCGUGUGUUGAUGUAGCGAAGAGGAUCAAAGUUGAAACUGUAGUCCAACCUCAUGUCCACUAAGUAGAGCCAUAAGACUGUCAAUGCGGGUGUCGUGUACAACUAAGCAUUUUUAUAUUUAAAUUGAUUUUUUUUUUUUUUUUAAACACCACUUUUGGUCUUUUUUUUUUUUUAAACAGGACUGGUUAAAAAAUGUCCAUAACAAUUUAAUUUGAAACAACUUAUCCAUUCAACGAAAACCUCAAUUUUGCCAUUUUGGACAAUUUUGAAAUUUUCUGAAAUUUGAAAAUCAUUCUUUUCAAUGAAACCUCUCUCAAAAACGGCCAUGUUAAUCAUACCUUUUGUUGCACAGUGACACCCUUACCAUCGACGGUGAUAAACGUCCAACAUUUGUCAGUCCAAACGGAUUGAGCGUCUAUCGCCGUCAAUGGCAGGAAAACUUCAUUCGCCAAAAGGACCUCAACUACCGCACAAGAAGUGCCGAGCUUCCAUUUAAUCGGUCGUUCGGGCCACACAAAAAUGUGUUUGUGAGGAGGGGGAGGAAGAGUCGGCGUGUAGCGACACGAAGGCCCGCCAGACACGCAGCCAGAAAAACAUUACAAGUGAUUCACUUGGCACAUCAACACAUACCUUAGCCUGACUCGCACUCACACAAACACACCUGCGUGCGUGUUCUGGAUGAAAGUCCAAUUAAAAAGUACAAGUAGUGACAGUCGGUCUCCGAUCUAGGACGCAAAAACACUCGUGUUUUUGUGUUUUGGGCUCAACGCCGAUGGCAUCACCAGCAGCGGGCCCGCAUUUAGCCUGCACGAACUGCCACACCUGCAUCGCCGCCUGCAUAAAAAUAUGUCCCGAUAACAUCCACGCGUGCUGUGAUCCGGAAAAAUGUUUUAUUAGAAAUAUCCAUUGACUUCAGGGUACAAGGAGAGUUUGUUUUUCUUCAGACUGGCUGGCUAAUUUUAAUUUAUGAAUGUAUUCUAAAUAUACGAGGCUAGUUUGGCCUUUUAUUUUGUCACUACUUUGACCAGUAAAAGGCAGUUGAAGCGCGAAAUGUUUCGCUUCAGCAAUUGAAAAUGUUGAUUGAAAGUCUGUUUAGUUACGGUAAAAAUACUACAUCGAUCUUUUAUUGUUCAGUCCGUUUCCUUACUCUCAUCAUUUUCUCCCUUUUCAUUGGCAUCAACUGCCUGCAGCAGAAGAUACAUAAGGUGAGAGCGUGUUGAGUGAAGCCCGGUGAGUUUGCACGUCAAGCUAAUAUUCCGUUGUGGGAGUGAUGUCAAGACUACUGUUCUAAAUCCCUUCAAAGUUGCCUCAUGACAUGCAUCCAAAAGCUACUGCAACCUUGUCUCGCUUGGACGCUCUUUAACGCCCUCCUGUGGCAAGGGUAAAUACAUACCACACUCUCAAUCGGCCCAUGCAAUAUUACGGUACUGUAAAAUGAGAGUAAAUUGUGGCCUAAACGAUGGAAAACAUAUCAACAAGGUACUGAAUUUAUUGGGAAUGUAACUAUAUGUUUUAGCAUGAAAAAUAGAUUGUUAUUCAUUAAAAAUGCCGACCACACCACUUCAAGCCAUCUCGCCGCCUUAGAUGAUUUCUAAUCAGCCACUUUUUUUCCCCCCCAAUUAGUAAACAUUUGGCUUGCUAUCGCCUUUGUUGCCCUCCUGUGGCUAACAUGUAUUUUUACAGUAAGUUGUAAAGUGAAAGUAAACCAUUGCAUUGACGAAUGCAAACAGACACCAGUUGUGUAUGAUAUUCUGAAUUUAACAAGACUUUUAGCAUGAAAAUUGCGUUUUCAUUGCAAACGCGGAGCACACCACUUCGAGCCAUCUGGCCUCCUUGGAAGAUACCUAAUCAACACCUUUCCCCAUAUAAACAUUUAGCUGACUAGCGCCCUCUUCAAUACCCUCUUGUGGCCGCCAUGGGUAAAUACACGCCACACUAGCUAUUAAACCUUGUAAUAAUUCGAGAAUGUAAAGUGAAAAUAAACCAUCGCAUUAACGAAUUAAAACGGAUACCAACUACGCACAAUAUUCUGAUUUUGACAAGACGUGUUAGCAUGAAAAUUACAUUUUCAAUGAAAACGCCGACCACACCACAUCAGGAUCGUAAUCAGGCUGCUGCAGAGCUUGCUGAUGAGAUGAUCAUUUGAUUCAGGCGUGUUAAAGGAAAGAGACACGGAAAACAAGCUGGAUAGGGGCUCUCGAGGACCAGGAUUGGGCCUCCCUGCCUUAGAAGAUAUCUAAUCAACCACUCCCCCACAUAAACAUUUGGCCUGCUAGCGCCCUUUUCACUGCCCUCCUGUGGCCACCAUGGGUAAAUACACGCCACAAUAACAUUACGAGAAUGUAAAGUGAAUAUAAACUCGCAUUAACGAAUGAAAACAGAUACAAGUUACAUACGACAUUUAUUCAGAAUUUAACAAGACGUUUUAUCAUGAAAAUUACGUUUUUAUACAUGACAAACUUUGACUACACCUCUCAACGCCAUCUCGCCUUCUUUUGGUAAACAUUUGUUUUGCAAGCGCCUUCUUCACUGCCCUCCUGUGGUCACCAUGGGUAAAUACACGCCACAUUAGCUAAUAAACCUUAAUAUUACGAGAAUGUAAAAUGAAAAUAAACCAUUCCCAUAACAAAUGAAAACGGAUACAAGUUACGUACGGUAUCUAUUCUGAAUUUAACGAGACGUUUUAUCAUGAAAAUUACGUUUUUAUACAUGACAAACUUUGAUUACACCUCUCAACGCCAUCUCGCCUUCUUUUGGUUAACAUUUGGUUUGCAAGCGCCCUCUUUACUGCCCUCCUGUGGUCACCAUGGGUAAAUACACGCCACAUUAGCUAAUAAACCUUGUAACAUUUUGAGAAUAAAUUGAAACUAAACCAUCGCAUUAACAAAUUAAAACGGAUACCAAAUACGCACAAUAUUCUGAUUUUAACAAGACGUUUUAGCAUGAAAAUGACAUUUUUAUUCAUUGAAAACUCCAGUCCUCCUGUGGCCACCAUGGGUAAUUACAUGCCACACUACCGUUAAACCUUUUAAUAUUACGAGAAUGUAAAGUGAAAGUAAACCAUCGCAUUAGCGAAUGUAAACAGAUACCAGUUACGUACGAUAUUCUGAAUUCAACAGGAUGUUUUAGCGUGAAAAUUACGGUUUUAUAUCUGGCCCCAUACCACACCACUCAAAGCCAGCUUGCCUUCCUUUGGUAAACAUUUGGCUUGCUAGCGCCCUCUUCACUGCCCUCCUGUGGCCACCAGGGGUAAAUACACGCCACACGAGCUAUUAAACCAAUGUCUGCCAUGCCAGGGUUCAUUUUAAAAGUGAACUUGGUGGAAUACAAAUAUUGGGAGUAUUUUAUUUUUCGAUUUCCAUUCAAUAAACUAACAUUGGAAAAACAUCAAGGCUGGUUGUCCGUUAUUAAAUUAACACUUUUUAA